AGUCGAUUUUUUUUAAACAAACAAAAAAGGAAAAAAAGGAGCGCGGCUCUUCCUUUUCGUCUCCUCCUCAAAGCUCCCUCCUGCUCUACCAUGGCGGACUAGUUGCUUCCUGUUCUUCUUCGGCGGACCAUCUAUCCCCAUCAUCCUUCUGCAAAUCUGCACCACCUUCUCUGCUUUUGCGCGUUUUCGAGCUACCAAUUCCACCUCUUAUCUCUUUUCUAAUUCAAGUUUUCGUCGAAUUAUUCAACUAGACCUCACGGUUCUUCUUCGCGUCUAACUGUUCGCUCACGUUUGAAGUUCUAGGGUUCGGGAGCGAGAAGUGAGCGCUGAGGUUACUGGUUUGCUUUGGUCGAGAGUAUUUAUUUUGUUCUUUCGGACGAUCAUUUGUUCUUAGUUCUUACUUUUUGCUCGGUCAUUGAGUCGUGCGUCUCUGCUGCUAUUGUGUGAACUGAGUAUCACUGCGCUGGAAAGACGACGGUGAGGCUGAGGAGUAGGGACGACCGUGGGGGUAAAAACACGGCAACUGAGGUUUGUGUUGUGGUGGAGAAGCUUUUGGAGUUUGUAAGCUGCUGGGAAUUAUUGAGGAGGAUUUCUUCAAGGAUUGAAGAAUUAGGGUUUUGGAGGUUUUGCUAGUUCUCUGUUUGAUCUUUUCGAGCGCGUAUUAGUUAGUUAUGGAUAUUGAUACAGCAGGAGGAAAUGAUGUUGUUAGCUAUUUGGAGCCUGAACUGUUGCAUCUUCCCGAGGUUUCUUCAUUUGAGCUCAAGCCGACUACUCAAAUCGCUGAAGAAUUGUUCUCUCAAUGGCUCUCUCUACCUGACACUAGCCGAUUGGUAAAAGCUUUAAUUAGGGAUGGGAAGGCUGGCCUUCCAAUCAAUCCUCACAGUAUCUCUUCUAGUGGUGGUGCUGGAGGUGGAAGCAAUCCACUGACUAAUGCCAGUCCACCUCCACUUUCCCCCAGGAGUUCCUGUGUUUCUCCACGCACUUUAAAGCAGAAAGUAAGCCCUUUCUCUCUAACGUCUCCCCGGAAGUUGGCUACCGAACCAGCCCAAGAAGUUAUACCUCAGUUCUAUUUCCAACAUGGUCGUCCACCAGCAAAUGAACUCAAGGAACAGUGUAUUUCUCGAAUCAAUCAACUUUUCAACAAUAAUCUCGAUGGGCUGCAUAUAGAUGAAUUCAAACUUGUUACAAGGGAAGUUUGCAAGCUUCCCUCCUUCUUCUCGCCUGCGCUUUUCAGGAGGAUAGAUGCUGAAUGCUAUGGGAUAGUCACAAGCCAAUGUGUGUCUCAGUUAGAACCUAAGUUCCUAUUUCAUUUGGUUUUCUGCAGGGAUGCAUUUCUAAAAUAUUGGGUGGAGAGCAAUAUGCUCACUAUGGAUAUGGCCACACAAGUCUUUGAAAUUUUAAAGCAGCCUAACCACCGCUACCUAACUAAGUCUGACUUCAAACCUGUUCUGGAAGAACUGCUAGCCACUCACCCCGGGUUGGAGUUCUUACAGGGAACGCCUGAGUUUCAAGAGAAAUAUGCCGAAACUGUCAUAUACAGAAUAUUUUACUACAUCAAUAGAUCAGGAAAUGGCCGUCUUACCCUAAGGGAGUUGAAACGCAGCAAUCUCAUCUUUGUCAUGCAACAAGUUGAUGACGAAGAGGAAAUUAACAAAAUUCUGAGGUACUUCUCUUAUGAGCAUUUCUACGUGAUAUAUUGCAAAUUCUGGGAGCUGGAUACAGACCAUGAUUACUUGCUGGACCGAGAGAAUCUUAUCAGAUAUGGUAAUCAUUGUCUUACAUACAGGAUUGUUGAUAGAAUAUUUUCACAGGUACCGAAGAAGUUUUCAAGCAAUAUGGAAGGAAAGAUGAGCUAUGAAGAUUUUGUUUAUUUCAUAUUGGCAGAGGAGAAUAAAUCAUCUGAACCUAGUCUUGAAUAUUGGUUCAAAUGCAUUGAUUUGGAUGGGAAUGGUGUCUUAACAUCCAGCGAGCUGCAAUACUUCUAUGAGGAGCAGCUGCAUCGAAUGAGUUGCAUGUCCCAGGAACCUGUGCUCUUUGAAGAUAUAUUGUGUCAAAUAGUUGACAUGAUUUCACCUGAGAGGGAAGGUUAUAUCACGCUGCACGACUUGAAAAGAAGCAAACUUUCGGGAAAUAUAUUUAACAUUCUUUUCAAUCUCAACAAAUUCAUGGCCUUUGAAAGCCGUGACCCAUUUCUCAUUCACCAGGAACGCGAGGAUCCAACUUUAACCGAAUGGGACCGUUUUGCACAUAGAGAAUAUGUCAGACUUUCAAUGGAGGAGGAUUCAGAGGCUGUCUCAAAUGGAAACGUAGAAGUCUGGGAAGAAUCUCUCGAGGCUCCAUUCUAGCACCUGAAUCCAGUUACAUUUCUCAAGAGGUAUUCGUCCGAUAUCGUGAGAUGGAAGGCAAUGGCUACUCAUCAGCUGCAGCAUUGUCGAUCCCACCCCUGAAUGUGUAAAUUUCGUUGGUCCGUGGUGAGAAAGCAGGAAGAGGUCAGUUCUGUUGUCUCCAGAAAAGCUUUGGCGCUAAUCAAAUUGAGAAGCACCAGGCCUCAAUGUAAGAACCAAACUUGGUUUGCAACCUCUGAAGCAAAAACUGCGGCCUUUCCCAGUCGACAACUCACUCGAGAACAAUUUGCGUAACUCACGUACCUAUUCAGGUGCCCCAUUUUUGUUUACAACCCCUUGAUUUUUUUCUUCGUUCUUUCAGUCUAUUUAUGUUAAGAGGUGGCUCUUUUUCUUCUUAUUUAUGAAAUGUGGAGACUAUUAUUACAAUACUUCUGGCCUCUGCACUCCCUUCAUAUAUUGUUCAGUUUUGGUUCAUUGUCAUGAUUGGCGAAUUGGCCUUUGCACGGCAGUUUUACCCGUUGGUCAAGUAUAGGAAAUAUAACAAGUUGAGCGAUUACUUGCAAUAAAAAAAGCCGAGCCGAAGGCCACCAUUGCAUAUGCAUACACAGCUAGUGAUGACCAUGAUCGUAUCUUACUACAACAAGCCAGGGGGGCGAAAAAUGCAAGAAGCGAAGCAAAGGAAUCGUGCAGCAAAUGGGAAGGGAAGGAAAUAC